AUGCAGGGUUCUAUAUCCUACCCUGCUGCUUUGACGAGCAGUAAAUGGGUCGCGAGCCUCAUAGCGAAACAUCGCAACGACGCCCACAUCUAUGUUCAGAAAUCUACUAGCAAGAACGUGAAACGUGAGACCAAGUUCUCAAGCCUACUCGAGAAAACCAGAGGAGACCUACGAAGUGUCUUUUCUGUUCGGUCGAAGGCGGAAGCUGCCUCGGAGCUGAAUAGAGCCUCAACCUUUCCCCAAAAGCAGAACAAAUAUACUUGGGCGUAUCUAUUCGACACAAAGUCUGGCAACAAGCUGCAUAAGCGUGCUAAAUCCGCGCCGAUUACUACUUACAUUCCUCACGUUCUUGAGCCUAUCAAUGAGGAACGCGAAGACAAUGACACUCCGGUGUUCAAGUUCUUGGCCCAGCCAGCCUGUCAGAAACAUUCUCCGACCAAGACUGAUUGUGAGGCUCCUCUGCCUUUGAGUGAUCGCAUUGCUGAAGAUGACGACACUGCUUCUAUCGUCACAACUUGCACGGUGCUUAUCCGACAUUUGGGUCUGGCGGACGUGCCUGAAGAGGAUGGGGCGACCGAGGAGGAGAGACAUCUGGAAACAGCUGACACUAUGACGAUCACUCAUCCUGAGGUUACAAAGAUCAAGGUGUCAAAAUAUAACCUGAGUCGAGGCACUGCUGAAAAGGGUCAAGAUUCCCCUAUUCUGGGGUUGGAAGCAUCUCAACCCAUUACCACAAACGAUGCUCGCCCUCGACAGCCAUCCUCGAUUCGAUUCGAAUGCAGCGGAGCACUUCCUCCCCGGGAGACGUUGGUCAACGUUGAAGGCUCCGAGACUGAUGCGAAGUCUUCAAAAUCGAAGAGGAAGACUUCAUCUGCUGCGUCAUCGGUAACCUCAUUGUUCACGAAGCUUCUUGGGAGCGACAAGACCAAAGCAGUUGACAAGGCUGAGAAUGAGACCGAGACUAAGGCUGAGCCCAGCGUUUUACAUAAACUACGACACAAGGCAAAGGGGUCUUUCUCCUUGGGAAAAUUGGCUGAUUUUAUUCAACCCGCGGAAACUCGCCUCCGAUCCUCUCUCGGCAUCAACCGAAACAACGAACGAUCAACUGCCGACCAUAACAAGAACAAGGGCACAUACGGACCCCUGAGAUGGAACCUCCCCCCACCUGAUGAUGAGAUGGGCGAGCUCAUCCGUAGCUUCUCGGAUCCUCGUAUUGGAUUCAACACCACCAGAAACAACCGCUAUGUUGAAGAGACUCCCGUGUCGCCAAGAUCUCCAAGUGAAUCUUCAGAUAGAUCUGAGUAUGACAUUUCUAUGGAAGAUCUUCCACCAGCUCCUGCCAACCCUCCUCUGCCUUUCAGAUACUUCCGAGAGGAAAUCUCUACGCAUGGGAGUGACGAGCAAAUUCAAAACCCCAAGGCUCGAGACAGCCAAAAGGCACAACGUCAGGACUCCGACGAUGAAUCCUCUCGAUACUCCCAGGAGAUAGUCUUGGGACCAUUCCCCCACGAUGAGAUCAUGAGCCUGGCUCUACAGCGACAAGUGGAUAUUAUAAACAACAACUACGAUUUCAGCCAGCAUGCUGCUCUUACUGGUGUUUACGGUCGGGUAAAGGUUGAGGAACGAUCAGAGGAGAGACCCAUCCGCGAGAGAUUUGAAGAACUCCACCACCCUGUCGAAGAGACCGAGUCUCCGGAGCCAAAGGCCAAGGCUUACAGUGUCAACACUCAAUAUGCUGAACCAAACAACGAGGAAACCCACACUGGCGAAUGCGAGACUCAAGAUCACGAAAGCGUUGUCGACACUCGCGAGGCUCAUGGGGAUUCCCACACCGAACCCAACGCACCAAGUGCCAGUGUUGGAACUGAAGAAGACCCUUAUCACGAGGAGGUCCAAAAUGAAGAGCAAUUCAACGCCAACACAUUCGACAUGGUCUCGAGCAUUGACUGGGACGAACAGACGAUCCCCGAAGGACCUGCAGGCAACCCCCCUACCCGGGCUGUAAUGAAAGACGUCGAGACUGCCGAUUACUCGGACUUUUUCAAGUCUCUACAGAACGUCCGAUCAAAGAGCCCCGACAAGUUGUUUGGCCGCUCUGGAUUCAUUGGCGUUAGGCCUUGGAGUAAGGAGAUCGCCAGCCUGGCUGCAAGGGAUCAAAUGAUCCGCGACGAAGCUGCCGAGAAAUUCUACCAGCAAGGCUCCUCCAAUACUGGAAGCAGUGAAUCAGUUUCCGAUCUUGACGAACGACCUAGCGCACACGAGGUACAGGCAGCGUUGGGCCACCCCGAAGCACCACUGAUAGAUAGGUGUGAGCCCGAUCGAGUCAUGGAACAAUACCUCAAGUGCAAGAAGUCGACGAUGGCAGCUAUGAUCUCUAAGGAGACGAACCACGCCAGGAUUUCAUCUGCCAUUAACCGCAACGAGGUCAUUUACAAUGAAUGGGAUCGCGCAGCUCGUGUCUCCCAGAUCUUUGAGGCUAAGAAAGAGCGAGAGGAUCCCGGCGCCGCCUACAGGCGUCGACAGAUCUACAAAUUCGUCGAGAAACGUCUCAAGAACGUAAAGACCCAAGCCGAACAGGCAAACAAGGAAGCCCGCGACGCACACAGAUGCAUCCAACAGCUCCAGGAAUACUACAACGAUAUGGAGGAGGGUAUCCAUCGUUUCACCGAGUCCUUUGGUCAUCAACGUGCCAGCAACUUGCCCAAUGCUGUCGAUCUUGUACGAGUUACCGAACGCGAAGAGCGAAUCGAUUAUCGACGUGCUAAGCCACUCGAGGACGGCCCCGAGGCUGAAAGUCCAGAGUCAGAAAUGGCGGACAAGGCCGGGAUGGAUUACAGCGAGCUCGUCCAAGAUGAUGGCACCGAGGUCAGCAGUUUGGGAGACCCGACCGCUGAGUUCUUCUAA